CAUAUAUAAAAUUAAAUAAAUAGUCAAGUUUUAUAUUUUAUUAAUACUCUAGGUGGGAGUUAAUCAUGGGUGAGAGGAGCGAUUGUGUUAAUUUCAAGACACGAGUGCACAUCCAUCCUCUCCUCUUCUUACAUUUGUUUUCACUUGUGUCCCUCCUAAAACGUUUGGCUCUCCUCCGCUCCCCGCCCACCUCCCUGCCUCCUCACUGACCGGGGUGGGUGUAUUUGACUCUCCCUGCCUCCUCUUCUCCUCUCACUACCCUCGCUCUGAAAUGAGGUUAACAGCGCUCUGCGUGUGCGGGACCCUGCUGGCCUUCUCCAGCCUCUCCUGGACGUCUUUGGGGGAUACGCCGGGGACGGCGGGACUCAACCCCUGCGUGGCCGCCCUGACGGCUGAUGGGCCGUGCGGACCGGAGCAGGCGUGGUGCCCUUAUGUCUUGAACCUGCCGCCGUUGACCGUCCACUUGCCAGAGAAGCUGCGGGAGCUGGAGGCCAUGGUUAAGGAGUUGCAGAUUCUGAAAGACGACGUGGAGGAGCUGAGGAAGAUGUGCGGCGACUGUGGAGGAGACGGACACAGGUACGUCAAAGGGGGACACUCUGAGAUACUUCGGGACACAGGUGGGGAUUUAGGACGGAUGUAUCUGGUAGGAGACAAGAAGCUAAAGUGCAUGGACACACAACUUUCUGAGGAAGUACCAGACAGUGAUGAAACAAAGGAGGAAAGGAUACAAGCUGGGAGAGGGAUCAAGGACCACGGGAGGCAUACGAGCAGGGAUCUGGGGCAGAUCUGGGAUGAAAGGAGAAAGGAAAUGGAAAGGGGGACACAAGUGCAGGGAAGUAAUGAGAAACCACAACAGCCGGAAAACACUGAGAUCAAGUCCACUAAAGAAGGGGAGGAGAGUGUGCAGAGAGAAGGAGAUGGACGACCCGGCAAAGACUUUGUGGGGAUCAGUCCGAUUUCUGUGUCGACAUCCAUUGGAAAGAAAAUGGAAAAGGGGAGACAAGUGCAGGGAAGAAAUGAAAAACUACCACAGCCUGAAAAAACUGAGCUCAAGUCUACUAAAGAAGGGGAGGAGAGUGUGCAGAGAGAAGGAGAUGGACGACCCGGCAAAGACACUGAGGGGACAGACUUUGUGGGGAUCAGUCCGACUUCUGCAUCAACUUCCACUAGAAAGAAAAUGGAAAAGGGGAUACAAGUGCAAAGAAGUCCUGAGAAACCACAACAGCCGGAAAACACUGAGAUCAAGUCCACUAAAGAAGGGGAGGAGAGUGUGCAGAGAGAAGGAGAUGGACAACCCGGCAAAGACACUGAGCAGACAGACUUUGUGGGGAUUAGUCCGAUUUCUGUGUCGACUUCAACUAGAAAAAAAGAGAUGGAAAGGGGGAUACAAGUGCAGGGAAGAAAUGAGAAACCACAACAACCGGAAAACACUGAUCUCAAGUCCAAUAAAGAAGGGGAGGGUAGAGAGAAGCAUGUGCAGGGAGAAGGAGAUGGACAAUCUGGCAAAGACACUGACAGGACAGACUUUGUGAGGAUCAGUCCGACUUCUGUGUCAACUUCCACUAAAAAGAAGAUGGAAAGGGGGAGACAAGUGCAGGGAAGUCAUGAGAAACCACAACAGCCGGAAAACACUGAGAUCAAGUCCACUAAAGAAGGGGAGGAGAGUGUGCAGAGAGAAGGAGAUGGACAACCCGGCAAAGACACUGAGCAGACAGACUUUGUGGGGAUUAGUCCGAUUUCUGUGUCGACUUCAACUAGAAAAAAAGAGAUGGAAAGGGGGAUACAAGUGCAGGGAAGAAAUGAGAAACCACAACAACCGGAAAACACUGAUCUCAAGUCCAAUAAAGAAGGGGAGGGUAGAGAGAAGCAUGUGCAGGGAGAAGGAGAUGGACAAUCUGGCAAAGACACUGACAGGACAGACUUUGUGAGGAUCAGUCCGACUUCUGUGUCAACUUCCACUAAAAAGAAGAUGGAAAGGGGGAGACAAGUGCAGGGAAGUCAUGAGAAACCACAACAGCCGGAAAACACUGAGAUCAAGUCCACUAAAGAAGGGGAGGAGAGUGUGCAGAGAGAAGGAGAUGGACAACCCGGCAAAGACACUGAGCAGACAGACUUUGUGGGGAUUAGUCCGAUUUCUGUGUCGACUUCAACUAGAAAAAAAGAGAUGGAAAGGGGGAUACAAGUGCAGGGAAGAAAUGAGAAACCACAACAACCGGAAAACACUGAUCUCAAGUCCAAUAAAGAAGGGGAGGGUAGAGAGAAGCAUGUGCAGGGAGAAGGAGAUGGACAAUCUGGCAAAGACACUGACAGGACAGACUUUGUGAGGAUCAGUCCGACUUCUGUGUCAACUUCCACUAAAAAGAAGAUGGAAAGGGGGAGACAAGUGCAGGGAAGUCAUGAGAAACCACAACAGCAGGAAAACACUGAACUUAAGUCCAAUGAAGAAGGGGAGGAGAGUGUGCAGAGAGAAGGAGAUGGACAAUCCGGCAAAGACACUGAGGGGACAGACUUUGUGGGGAUCAGCCCGACUUCUGUGUUCACUUCCACUGGAAAGAAAAUGGAAAAGGGGAAACAAGUGCAGGGAAGUAAUGAGAAACCACAACAGCCGGAAACCACUGAGUCCUAUGAAGAAGGGGAGGAGAACGCAGAGAAGCAUGUGCAGAGAGAAGGAGAUGGACAACCCGGCAAAGAAACUGAGGGGACAGACUUUGUGGGGAUCAGUCCGACUUCUGCAUCAAUUUCCACUAGAAAGAAAAUGGAAAAGGGGAUACAAGUGCAAAGAAGUCCUGAGAAACCACAACAGCCGGAAAACACUGAGAUCAAGUCCACUAAAGAAGGGGAGGAGAGUGUGCAGAGAGAAGGAGAUGGACAACCCGGCAAAGACACUGAGCAGACAGACUUUGUGGGGAUUAGUCCGAUUUCUGUGUCGACUUCAAGUAGAAAAAAAGAAAUGGAAAAGGGGAUACAAGUGCAGGGAAGAAAUGAGAAACCACAACAACCGGAAAACACUGAGCUCAAGUCCAAUAAAGAAAGGGAGGAAAGAGAGAAGCAUGUGCAGGGAGAAGGAGAUGGACAAUCUGGCAAAGGCACUGAGAGGACAGACUUUGUGAGGAUCGGCCCAUCUUCUGUGUCAACUUCCACUAAAAAGAAAGUGGAAAAGGGGAGACAAGUGCAGGGAAGUAAUGAGAAACCACAACAGCCGGAAAACACUGAGCUCAAGUCCACUAGAGAAGGGGAGAAGAGUGUGCAGAGAGAAGGAGAUGGACGACCCGGCAAAGACACUGAAGGGACAGACUUUGUGGGGAUUAGUCCGACUUCUGCGUCGACAUCCAUUGGAAAGAAAAUGGAAAAGGGGAUACAAGUGCAGGGAAGAAAUGAGAAACUACCACAGCCUGAUAAAACUGAGCUCAAGUCCACUAAAGAAGGGGAGGAGAGUGUGCAGAGAGAAGGAGAUGGACAACCCGGCAAAGACACUGAGGGGACAGACUUUGUGGGGAUUAGUCCGAUUUCUGCAUCAACUUCCACUAGAAAGAAAAUGGAAAAGGGGAGACAAUUGCAGAGAAGUCCUGAGAAACCACAACAGCCGGAAAACACUGAGCUCAAGUCAACUAAAGAAGGAGAGGAGAGUGUGCAGAGAGAAGGAGAUGGACAACCCGGCAAAGACACUGAAGGGACAGACUUUGUGGGGAUCAGUCCGACUUCUGUGUCAACUUCCACUAGAAUGAAAAUGGAAAAGGGGAUACAAGUGCAGGGAAGUCAUGAGAAACCACAACAGCCGGGAAACAAUGAGUCCAAUAAAGAAGGGGAGGAGAACGCAGAGAAGCAUGUGCAGGGAGAAGGAGAUGGACAAUCCGACAAAGACACUGAAGGGACAGACUUUGUGGGGAUCAGUCCGACUUCUGUGUCAACAUACAUUGGAAAGAAAAUGGAAAAGGGGAGACAAGUGCAGGGAAGAAAUGAGAAACUACCACAGCCUGAUAAAACUGAGCUCAAGUUCACUAAAGAAGGGGAGGAGAGUGUGCAGAGAAAAGGAGAUGGACAACCCGGCAAAGACACUGAGGGGACAGACUUUGUGGGGAUCAGUCCGACUUCUGCAUCAACUUCCACUAGAAAGAAAAUGGAAAAGGGGAUACAAGUGCAGAGAAGUCCUGAGAAACCACAACAGCCGGAAAACACUGAGCUCAAGUCCACUAAAGAAGGAGAGGAGAGUGUGCAGAGAAAAGGAGAUGGACAACCCGGCAAAGACACUGAGCGGACAGACUUUGUGGGGAUCAGUCCGAUUUCUGUGUCGACUUCAACUAGAAAAAAAGAAAUGGAAAGGGGGAUACAAGUGCAGGGAAGAAAUGAGAAACCACAACAACCGGAAAACACUGAUCUCAAGUCCAAUAAAGAAGGGGAGGGUAGAGAGAAGCAUGUGCAGGGAGAAGGAGAUGGACAAUCUGGCAAAGACACUGACAGGACAGACUUUGUGAGGAUCAGUCCGACUUCUGUGUCAACUUCCACUAAAAAGAAGAUGGAAAGGGGGAGACAAGUGCAGGGAAGUCAUGAGAAACCACAACAGCCGGAAAACACUGAGAUCAAGUCCACUAAAGAAGGGGAGGAGAGUGUGCAGAGAGAAGGAGAUGGACAACCCGGCAAAGACACUGAGCAGACAGACUUUGUGGGGAUUAGUCCGAUUUCUGUGUCGACUUCAACUAGAAAAAAAGAGAUGGAAAGGGGGAUACAAGUGCAGGGAAGAAAUGAGAAACCACAACAACCGGAAAACACUGAUCUCAAGUCCAAUAAAGAAGGGGAGGGUAGAGAGAAGCAUGUGCAGGGAGAAGGAGAUGGACAAUCUGGCAAAGACACUGACAGGACAGACUUUGUGAGGAUCAGUCCGACUUCUGUGUCAACUUCCACUAAAAAGAAGAUGGAAAGGGGGAGACAAGUGCAGGGAAGUCAUGAGAAACCACAACAGCAGGAAAACACUGAACUUAAGUCCAAUGAAGAAGGGGAGGAGAGUGUGCAGAGAGAAGGAGAUGGACAAUCCGGCAAAGACACUGAGGGGACAGACUUUGUGGGGAUCAGCCCGACUUCUGUGUUCACUUCCACUGGAAAGAAAAUGGAAAAGGGGAAACAAGUGCAGGGAAGUAAUGAGAAACCACAACAGCCGGAAACCACUGAGUCCUAUGAAGAAGGGGAGGAGAACGCAGAGAAGCAUGUGCAGAGAGAAGGAGAUGGACAACCCGGCAAAGAAACUGAGGGGACAGACUUUGUGGGGAUCAGUCCGACUUCUGCAUCAAUUUCCACUAGAAAGAAAAUGGAAAAGGGGAUACAAGUGCAAAGAAGUCCUGAGAAACCACAACAGCCGGAAAACACUGAGAUCAAGUCCACUAAAGAAGGGGAGGAGAGUGUGCAGAGAGAAGGAGAUGGACAACCCGGCAAAGACACUGAGCAGACAGACUUUGUGGGGAUUAGUCCGAUUUCUGUGUCGACUUCAAGUAGAAAAAAAGAAAUGGAAAAGGGGAUACAAGUGCAGGGAAGAAAUGAGAAACCACAACAACCGGAAAACACUGAGCUCAAGUCCAAUAAAGAAAGGGAGGAAAGAGAGAAGCAUGUGCAGGGAGAAGGAGAUGGACAAUCUGGCAAAGGCACUGAGAGGACAGACUUUGUGAGGAUCGGCCCAUCUUCUGUGUCAACUUCCACUAAAAAGAAAGUGGAAAAGGGGAGACAAGUGCAGGGAAGUAAUGAGAAACCACAACAGCCGGAAAACACUGAGCUCAAGUCCACUAGAGAAGGGGAGAAGAGUGUGCAGAGAGAAGGAGAUGGACGACCCGGCAAAGACACUGAAGGGACAGACUUUGUGGGGAUUAGUCCGACUUCUGCGUCGACAUCCAUUGGAAAGAAAAUGGAAAAGGGGAUACAAGUGCAGGGAAGAAAUGAGAAACUACCACAGCCUGAUAAAACUGAGCUCAAGUCCACUAAAGAAGGGGAGGAGAGUGUGCAGAGAGAAGGAGAUGGACAACCCGGCAAAGACACUGAGGGGACAGACUUUGUGGGGAUUAGUCCGAUUUCUGCAUCAACUUCCACUAGAAAGAAAAUGGAAAAGGGGAGACAAUUGCAGAGAAGUCCUGAGAAACCACAACAGCCGGAAAACACUGAGCUCAAGUCAACUAAAGAAGGAGAGGAGAGUGUGCAGAGAGAAGGAGAUGGACAACCCGGCAAAGACACUGAAGGGACAGACUUUGUGGGGAUCAGUCCGACUUCUGUGUCAACUUCCACUAGAAUGAAAAUGGAAAAGGGGAUACAAGUGCAGGGAAGUCAUGAGAAACCACAACAGCCGGGAAACAAUGAGUCCAAUAAAGAAGGGGAGGAGAACGCAGAGAAGCAUGUGCAGGGAGAAGGAGAUGGACAAUCCGACAAAGACACUGAAGGGACAGACUUUGUGGGGAUCAGUCCGACUUCUGUGUCAACAUACAUUGGAAAGAAAAUGGAAAAGGGGAGACAAGUGCAGGGAAGAAAUGAGAAACUACCACAGCCUGAUAAAACUGAGCUCAAGUUCACUAAAGAAGGGGAGGAGAGUGUGCAGAGAAAAGGAGAUGGACAACCCGGCAAAGACACUGAGGGGACAGACUUUGUGGGGAUCAGUCCGACUUCUGCAUCAACUUCCACUAGAAAGAAAAUGGAAAAGGGGAUACAAGUGCAGAGAAGUCCUGAGAAACCACAACAGCCGGAAAACACUGAGCUCAAGUCCACUAAAGAAGGAGAGGAGAGUGUGCAGAGAAAAGGAGAUGGACAACCCGGCAAAGACACUGAGCGGACAGACUUUGUGGGGAUCAGUCCGAUUUCUGUGUCGACUUCAACUAGAAAAAAAGAAAUGGAAAGGGGGAUACAAGUGCAGGGAAGAAAUGAGAAACCACAACAACCGGAAAACACUGAUCUCAAGUCCAAUAAAGAAGGGGAGGGUAGAGAGAAGCAUGUGCGGGGAGAAGGAGAUGGACAAUCUGGCAAAGACACUGACAGGACAGACUUUGUGAGGAUCAGUCCGACUUCUGUGUCAACUUCCACUAAAAAGAAGAUGGAAAGGGGGAGACAAGUGCAGGAAAGUCAUGAGAAACCACAACAGCCGGAAAACACUGAACUUAAGUCCAAUGAAGAAGGGGAGGAGAGUGUGCAGAGAGAAGGAGAUGGACAACCCGGCAAAGACACUGAGGGGACAGACUUUGUGGGGAUCAGCCCGACUUCUGUGUUCACUUCCACUAGAAAGAAAAUGGAAAAGGGGAAACAAGUGCAGGGAAGUAAUGAGAAACCACAACAGCCGGAAAACACUGAGUCCUAUGAAGAAGGGGAGGAGAACGCAGAGAAGCAUGUGAAGAGAGAAGGAGAUGGACAAUCCGGCAAAGACACUGAGGGGACAGACUUUGUGGGGAUCAGUCCGACUUCUGCAUCAACUUCCACUAGAAAGAAAAUGGAAAAGAGGAUACAAGUGCAGGGAAGUAAUGAGAAAUCACAACAGCCGGAAAACACUGAGCUCAAGUCCACUAAAGAAGGGGAGGAGAGUGUGCAGAGAAAAGGAGAUGGACAACCCGGCAAAGACACUGAGAGAACAGACUUUGUGGGGAUCAGUCCGACUUCUGUGUCAACUCCCACUAGAAAGAAAAUGGAAAAGGGGAAACAAGUGCAGGGAAGUAAUGGGAAACCACAACAGCCGGGACCCACUGAGUCCAAUAAAGAAGGGGAGGAGAACGCAGAGAAGAAUGUGGAGAGAGAAGGAGAUGGACAAUCCGGCAAAGACACUGAGAGGACAGACUUUGUGGGGAUUAGUCCAACUUCUGUGUUCACUUCCACUAGAAAGAAAAUGGAAAAGGGGAUACAAGUGCAGAGAAGUCAUGAGAAACCACAACAGCCGGAAAACACUGAGUCCACUAAAGAAGGGGAGGAGGACGCAGGGAAGCAUGUGCAAAGAGGAGAUGGACAAUCUGGCCAAGCCACUGAGGGAACAGACUUUGUGGGGAUCAGUCCGACUUCUGUGUCAACUUCCACUAGAAAGAAAAUGGAAAAGGGGAAACAAGUGCAGGGAAGUCAAGAGAAACCACAACAGCCGGAAAACCCUGAGUCCUAUGAGGAAGGAGACGAGAACGCAGAGAAGCAUGUGGAGAGAGAAGGAGAUGGACAACCCGGCAAAGAACCUGAGGGGACAGAUUUUGUGGGGAUCAGUCCGACUUCUGUGUCAACUUCCACUAAAAAGAAGAUGGAAAGGGGGAGACAAGUGCAGGAAAGUCAUGAGAAACCACAACAGCCGGAAAACACUGAACUUAAGUCCAAUGAAGAAGGGGAGGAGAGUGUGCAGAGAGAAGGAGAUGGACAACCCGGCAAAGACACUGAGGGGACAGACUUUGUGGGGAUCAGCCCGACUUCUGUGUUCACUUCCACUAGAAAGAAAAUGGAAAAGGGGAAACAAGUGCAGGGAAGUAAUGAGAAACCACAACAGCCGGAAAACACUGAGUCCUAUGAAGAAGGGGAGGAGAACGCAGAGAAGCAUGUGAAGAGAGAAGGAGAUGGACAAUCCGGCAAAGACACUGAGGGGACAGACUUUGUGGGGAUCAGUCCGACUUCUGCAUCAACUUCCACUAGAAAGAAAAUGGAAAAGAGGAUACAAGUGCAGGGAAGUAAUGAGAAAUCACAACAGCCGGAAAACACUGAGCUCAAGUCCACUAAAGAAGGGGAGGAGAGUGUGCAGAGAAAAGGAGAUGGACAACCCGGCAAAGACACUGAGAGAACAGACUUUGUGGGGAUCAGUCCGACUUCUGUGUCAACUCCCACUAGAAAGAAAAUGGAAAAGGGGAAACAAGUGCAGGGAAGUAAUGGGAAACCACAACAGCCGGGACCCACUGAGUCCAAUAAAGAAGGGGAGGAGAACGCAGAGAAGAAUGUGGAGAGAGAAGGAGAUGGACAAUCCGGCAAAGACACUGAGAGGACAGACUUUGUGGGGAUUAGUCCAACUUCUGUGUUCACUUCCACUAGAAAGAAAAUGGAAAAGGGGAUACAAGUGCAGAGAAGUCAUGAGAAACCACAACAGCCGGAAAACACUGAGUCCACUAAAGAAGGGGAGGAGGACGCAGGGAAGCAUGUGCAAAGAGGAGAUGGACAAUCUGGCCAAGCCACUGAGGGAACAGACUUUGUGGGGAUCAGUCCGACUUCUGUGUCAACUUCCACUAGAAAGAAAAUGGAAAAGGGGAAACAAGUGCAGGGAAGUCAAGAGAAACCACAACAGCCGGAAAACCCUGAGUCCUAUGAGGAAGGAGACGAGAACGCAGAGAAGCAUGUGGAGAGAGAAGGAGAUGGACAACCCGGCAAAGAACCUGAGGGGACAGAUUUUGUGGGGAUCAGUCCGACUUCUGUGUCAAUUUCCACUAAAAAGAAAAUGGAAAAGGGGAUACAAGUGCAGAGAAGUCAUGAGAAACCACAACAGUCAGAAAACCCUGAGUCCUAUGAAGAAGGGGAGGAGGACGCAGAGAAGCAUGUGGAGAAAGAAGGAGAUGGACAAUCCGGCGAAGACACUGAGAGAACAGACUUUGUGACGAUCAGCCCGACUUCUGUGUCAACAUCCACUAGAAAAAAAUUUGAAAAGGGGAGACAAUUGCAGAGAAGUCCUGAGAAACCACAACAGCCGGAAAACACUGAGCUCAAGUCCACUAAAGAAGAGGAGGAGAGUGUGCAGAGAGAAGGAGAUGGACAACCGGGCAAAGACACUGAGGGGACAGACUUUGUGGGGAUUAGUCCGACUCCUGUGUUCACUACCACUAGAAAGAAAAUAGAAAAGGGGAUACAAGUGCAGAGAAGUCAUGAGAAACCACAACAGCCGGAAAACACUGAGUCCACUAAAGAAGGGGAGGAGGACGCAGAGGAGCAUGUGCGGGGAGAAGGAGAUGGACAACCCGGCGAAGACACUGAGAGGACAGACUUAGUGACGAUCAGCCUGACUUCUGUGUCAACAUCCACUAGAAAUAAAAUGGAAAGGGGGAAACAAGUGCAGGGAAGAAAUGAGAAACUACCACAGCCGGAAAACACUGAGCUCAAGUCCACUAAAGAAGGGGAGGAGAGUGUGCAGAGAGAAGGAGAUGGACAACCCGGCAGAGACACUGAGAGGACAGAUUUUGUGGGGAUCAGUCCGACUUCUGUGUCAACUUCCACUAGAAAGAAAAUGGAAAAAGGGAUACAACUGCAGGGAAGUAAUGAGAAACCACAACAGCGGGAAAACCCUGAGUCCAAUAAAGACGGGAAGGAGGACGCAGAGGAGCAUAUGCAGACAAAAGGAGAUGGACAAUCCGGCAAAGACACUGAGGGGACAGAUUUUGUGGGGAUCAGCCCGACUUCUGUGUCAACUUCCACCAGAAAGAAAACAGAAAAAAGGAUAAAAGUUCAGGGAAGUAAUGAGAAACAACAACAGCCGGAAAACACUGAACUCAAGUCUACUAAAGAAGGGGAGGAGAGUGUGCAGAGAAAAGGAGAUGGACAACCCGGCAAAGACACUGAGGGAACAGACUUUGUGGGGAUCAGUCCGACUUCUGCAUCAACUUCCGCUAAAAAGAAAAUGGAAAAGGGGAGACAAGUGCAGAGAAGUCAUGAGAAACCACAACAGCCGGAAAACACUGAGUCCUAUAAAGAAGGAGAGGAGAACGCAGAGAAGCAUGUGGAGAGAGAAGGAGAUGGACAAUCCGGCAAAGACACUGAAGGGACAGACUUUGUGGGGAUCAGUCCGACUUCUGUGUCAACUUCCACUAGAAAGAAAAUGGAAAAGGGGAUACAAAUGCAGAGAAGUCCUGAGAAACCACAACAGCCGGAAAACACUGAGAUCAAGUCCACUAAAGAAGGGAAGGAGAGUGUGCAGAGAGAAGGAGAUGGACAACCCGGCAAAGACACUGAGGGGACAGACUUUGUGGGGAUUAGUCCGACUUCGGUGUUCACUUCCACUGGAAAGAAAACAGAAAAGAGGAUGCAAGUGCAGGGAAGUAAUGAGAAACCACAACAGUCGGAAAACACUGAGUCCAAUAAAGAAGGGGAGGAAUACGCAGAGAAGCAUGUGGAGAGAGAAGGAGAUGGACAACCCGGCGAAGACACUGAAGGGACAGAUUUUGUGGGGAUCAGUCCGACUUCUGCAUCAAUUUCCACUAGAAAGAAAAUGGAAAAGGGGAUACAAGUGCAGAGAAGUCCUGAGAAACCACAACAGCCGGAAAACACUGUGAUCAAGUCCACUAAAGAAGGGGAGGAGAGUGUGCAGAGAGAAGGAGAUGGACAACCCGGCAAAGACACUGAGAGGACAGACUUUGUGGGGAUCAGCCUGACUUCUGUGUCCACUUUUCAUUACAUCCAGUUUAUUGAUCCACGAGAGACCGAAUCAGCUUCUGUUGCACCUAACCUGACCGGGGUUAGUAAGCCUGUGUCCACAACCGCAAGCAUUCUUCCGGAUAAUCCAAGGAAAGAUGUACCCUCAACUACCACAUUCAUUUCUCGUCACGACCCCCUCGCAACUAUCUCCCCCGAAGCCACGGGGCACAGCAGGUGGCCGGCCAAACCUGCUGUGAAGCAUCUGAAACCUAAGCCUGGGGGGAAACAUAAAUCCAGCCUCGACAAGUCAAAGGACUCCAAGCAUGACCGUAUACCGGACAUUAAACCAAAACAAGAGCAAAAGCUGAAAAACAAACCUGGCAACGACAUGAAAAGGAUCCAAAUCCAAAGACCUGGUCAUAGAACAGAUAACCGAACAAGUGAUCAAAACCUAAAAAUUCAAAAACCCAUAAAUGUUCAAAAUAGGACAACUCAACCCCACCGGGUACCAACUGGUGCAGACUAUCAACGACCUGCCACUGGUAAAGAACCAGAUCCCCCCAUGUGGAAUAAAAACUCUAAACCCCAAAAGAGACCUGUUCAACCGAAGCCAAAACCUGACAAAAAGCCCAAAAGUGACACGAAAGAUAAAUCAAACCAACAUUUGGCAUCUAAACCAGAGGCGGACUCGGGGAAAAUAUCUGGAGGGAAGGAAUCAAUUCAUCCAGAGUCUUAUUCCGAGUCAGAUGACCCACCAGGACCUAAAUCCAUGGCUAAUCCUAAUCAAAGACUGAAACCCAGCCAGAAACUAUUUCAUUAUAUUGCAAAGCAGGUGCCCAGACCUAACCAAAAACAGCCCAAGUCUGACAUGAAGCUGAAAGCUGGCCCAGGACUUCAACCUAAUCAAGAACCUCGGUCGAAUGUCACACUUGAGCUUGAUCGCCAAUCUGGGUAUGAUCAAAGUCCUGCUACACAACCCAAGGGGGAAAGACCACCAAGUAGACCAACGGUGGAUCCAGGAACAGCAACCCCCAAACCCCACUAUCCUAUUGAUCAGACUGUGGACCCGCAGUCUACUUCUAGUCCAGUGCAGCAGAGGACUAAUAUGACUCAUUCCCCAGAGUUCAAACGCGGCACCGUGGAUCCAAACCCCGUCCACCCGGUGAGCCCAAACAGCAAGCCGGCGUUUGAUCUGACGCCACAAACAACCAGUCAACCGCCAUCGAUACCAAGGUCAACAACCCCAGUCACGCACCAGCGUGCGAUUCCCAACACAAAUCCAGCCUCCUCCGGGCCAAAGUCUACAUUACGUCACUCGGCAGAGGAGCAAGCCGCCCUGCAAACUAUCUCCAUCUCAACAACACCCGCCCUCCAAACUAUCUCCAUCUCAACAACACCCGCACCAGGCACCAACCCUGACUUACUGGCCCCGGGAGGAGAGUCGUCAACAUCCAGCGCACGCGAGCUGCGCGUGAAAAUAAACCAGGUGGUCGCCGCAUUCUUCAACCUUAGUCUGGGUCCUAAGGAGCUGCCUGAGGACCAGGAGAGUGGACUCAGGACCGCGGGCGGGUCCCCUCUGCUGACUCCAUCUCAGGGUGCAGUUUCCACGGGCAGGGACUGCUCGGACCUCCUCCCGCAGGCGGCGGGGAAGAGCGGGGUCUACCGGGUGACCCCGGACGUCCGCCACGGCGGCUUCCCGGUCUUCUGCGACAUGGAGCUGGGGGGCGGGGGUUGGACCCUCCUGCAGCUGCGGCGGGACGGCAGCGUCAGCUUCAACCGCACCUGGGCCGAGUACAGGGCCGGGUUCGGGGAUCUCCUCCGGGGGGGGGAGUUCUGGCUGGGGAACCAACACAUCCACCUGCUGACCCGCGACAGGGACAUGACGCUGCGGGUGGAGCUGCGGGACUUCGCCGGGGCGGCGGGCUACGCCGAGUACGAGCGCUUCAAGGUGGCGAGCGAAAGGACGCGGUACCGGCUGACAGCGGGGGGCUACUCCGGCACCGCGGGGGACGCCCUGGUUUUCAGCGCCAGCUACAACCACAGCAACCGGGCCUUCACCACCCCGGACCGGGACAACGACCGCUACCCCUCGGGGAACUGCGGGGCCUACUACAGCUCCGGGUGGUGGUUUGACGCCUGCAUGGCGGCCAACCUGAACGGGAGGUACUAUUUGGGGAAGUACAAGGGGGUCCGGGACGGGAUCUACUGGGGCACCUGGCACAAUAUCUCCACCGAGCUGUACCCCACCAAUGAAAGACGGUCUUUCAAAACAGUCCGGAUGAUGAUCAGACCAAAGGACUUUACGCCCUAAGGGAAAGGGACAAACGGUAGGAAAUGGAUGGAUGGAGUUCAAAAUAAUAGAAGGCGACCAGCAACUCCAUAAUAGAGUAGCACUGUGACGCAAUGCUACCCUCUAGUGGACAUAUGUGAUAUUGCAGUAUGAUAAUGUUGAUCAUUGAGGAUGUACAUAGUGUUUAUACGACCUAUUUUUUAUCUUUUAUUUUAAGAAAAUGUGUUUACCUAAUAUAUUCAAUUACAUAUAUUGGUACUAUGUGAUUAUCCAUCAAAUGAGGGUGGAAUAAAAGUGUUAAAGGUUGAAUAGAUGUAUAUCAUUUGGAGGUUUGUCUAGUUUUAAUUCCUUACCAACAUUAUUUUUGAAUUGAAUUGAAAUGAAUUUUUGUAUCUGUGUUGGCCCUGCGAUGAGGUGGCGACUUGUCCAGGGUGUACCCUGCCUUCCGCCCGAUAGUGGCUGAGAUAGGCGCCAGCGCCCCCCGCGACCCCGAAAGGGAA